AUGAGAGCUAAAUCUGGGGAUGAAACUUUGAAAAAGCAUAUUAACCAAUGUGGUGGUAAUGCAAUGUACAUCAGUCCAUCCAUUCAAAAUGAAUUAAUAGAGAUUUGUGGUAGCAUUAUCCAAGAGACAAUUGUUGAUAGAAUCAAUAAAGCAAGCUCUUUUGCUAUUCUUGCAGACGAAACUAUGGACAUAACUCAAACUGAGCAGUUGACACUUUGUGCAAGACAAGGCUACGAUGGAGCAUCUGCAAUGCGAGGGAACUUUAACGGUGCUCAAGCAGCCAUCAAAGAGUUACACCCAACAGCUAUUUAUGUACAUUGCUCCUCACACUCUUUGAAUUUAGCAAUUAGUCACUCUUGUAGUAUUCAAGCUUUUAGAAACUGUGUUGGCAUAGUUAAAACAAUAACAAAAUUCAUCAAAUCGUCUGCCAAAAGAACGAAAAUUUUAGAAGACAUCAUGAAAACGAAUUUGUCGAAUGAAAAAUUCAAAAAAAUAAUAUCUUUUUGCGAAACAAGAUGGAUAGAAAACCAUGAUGCAAUCAUUAGAUUCAAAGAACUUUAUCCAGAAAUAAUUCAACUUCUCGAAGAAGUAAAGGCUUCUGGAAACUGCGAUGCUUCCUCUAAAGCGGACAAUCUUAUUUCUACUAUCACUAAAAGUGAGUUUUACAUUAAUUUACUUGCUUGUAGAGAUAUUUUUUCUGUGACUCUCCCACUGAGCAAAGCACUCCAACAAAUUCAUCUAGAUUUGAAUGGAGCUUUGAUACAUGUAAAAUCAAUAAACAACACAGUUCUAAACAAAAGAAAAAAUGCCGAGUAUGAAUUUCAAAAGCUAUAUUUGGAACUCCUUAAUACUUUCACAAGUUUGGAUCUAGAUGUAAAACUUCCUAGAUUGGCAUCCUAUCAAAAUCACCCUGGCAAUAUAAAAAAUCAGAACACAGACCCAGAGCAAUACUUCCGUCAAAGUAUAUACAUUCCUUUUUUAGAUUGUUUCGCUGCCCAACUGAUUGAAAGAUUUUCGAAGCACGAAGAUACUCUUGCAUCUCUCAAUAAAGUGUUACCUAAGUAUUGUGUGAACGUUGAUAUUAAUUUAUGCAAUUUCCGAAUCUACGCUGAUUUCAUUGACAUCGAAAACCUCAUGGGAGAAAUGGAAGUAUGGGCAUCAAAGUGGAACCUGCGCGAACCCCUUAGUAGACCAGAUACGGCACUUUCAGCAAUGGAAGAAUGUGGCAAUAUCUUUUUCCCAAACAUUUAUUGCUUGUUAUCAAUUUUGGCUACGUUGCCAAUCACCACAGCAACUGCAGAAAGAACUUUUUCUACUCUUGAACGCAAAAGUUAA